CUCGUCCUCCAGAUUUUAGUCCUGCCAGUUCGAGGGAGCUCCCCGGCUUUUUUACAUUCCACACGGCUCCGACUCUCCCACCCUUACUGUGUAAUUUCCAACAGGCACGAAGUCCGUGCAUGUGGAGCGCCUUGCUGGUGCUUCGAGUCUCUCCAUAACCUACGACGGCGACCGUUGGUAAGAAACGCAAAUGCCAUGGAACUUUUGUCGUCGGAAACGUUUGCUCCUGCUGUCAGCUGUCACCCUCAUGUUGUCAUAUUGUGCAUACUUUACGCCCCGCCUUUUGUUUUCUACAUCUCGUCCAAGUUUGCAGAGAAGAGCAACUACCUAGGUACCUUAGGCAACCGGGCUGCCGGCACAACGACCCAACCACAUCCUGGAUGGUGGGCCGUUCCUCGUUCGAAUGCUUCUUUUUCCAACCAUCAACCAUUGAACGGUACCAAGUUCACGACCGUGUUUGGCGCAUCCACCUAAUCCUUUUCAACUAUUGAGCUCCCGAGCUGUUUUUCGCGAGAACCAUGGCCACCCCCACCGCCUAUAUUGCGGAUACGUUCAGUCAGGGGGUCACUCAUCUUCGCGCAGAAUACCAAGUCAAGCGACAGAAAUCCAAUGCUUUCCCGCCGGCGGGACGGCCCAUUCUCGACAUGGAGCUUGUACCUGGCGAAGAGCCGGCGGUUGGGAUCUGGUACGAGGACGGUACGAAACUACAUAGGUCAUUACGUUUGCAGUUCGCCUGUUUGAUCUGCCAGGGACCCUCUCUGCUGAUAUCCUUUGUCUUGAACGUACGCUACCGGCAGUGGACGGCCAUUAUACCAAUUCCCAAUCACUACAAGUUCAAAGACCACCAACCUAAGGUCUAAAGUACCGCCAAAGUCAGUGCGGAAUUUCCAAGCCGCAAUCUUCAUGGACGUCCACCUUAGAGGAGGAGACACUCGAAGCUACUUUCGCAAGCUUUAAGGAAUAGCCACGUGAAGCGGUCCUCAAACACCUCGAGGUAGACGGGGCAGCGAACUUUCGGGUAGAAUUCAAGUAGAAUCCUUAUACAAAUCAUAGACAAGAUAACCGCACACCAGAAAGCCCAAGACGCAAGUCGCUGGCAGGGAGGACUUCCUCAGCGGCGCACAAUCUCCCUUCAAGAGUUGCCUCCACAACCAACGAGGUUCAAGGAAAGUAAUACUUUCGG